AUGCAAUAUGCACUUGCAUUAUCAGAUGCCAAGUUUGAUAUGAACAAGAUGCGGGAACUAGCUGCUAAUUGGGUGCUCAUGCACGAGCAUCCAUUUAAAGUUGUGGAGAAUGAGGGUUUUAACAUGAUGCAAAGAUGUGGUAUGCCACUAUGGGAAAAGAUAACGCGUACUGCUUUGAAACAAGACUGUGUGAUUGUGUAUGAGAUACAAAAGAAGAAGUUGAAGUUGCAUAAGCGUGUGCUCAAUUUUAUUCAUAUACCGGCUCCUCGACCUGGUGUUGAGAUUGCUGCUGCUAUUUAUAAGUGUCUAAUUGAAUGGGGAAUUGAGAACAAGGUAUUCAGUAUCUCGGUUGACAAUGCUUCAAGUAAUGACACGGCAAUCAAGAUUUUGAAGGAGAAUUUAGGAAGAAACAAGAAGCUAAUGUGUGGUGGGAGGUUGUUUCAUGUGCGGUGCGCGGCACACAUAUUGAAUCUCAUGGUUCAGGAUGAGCUUUCCCAAAUUAAGCCCAUUAUUCAAGACAUAUGUGACUGUAUUUUGUAUGUCAAGCAACCAGAGAUCAGAGUAAUUAUGUUUUUAGAGAUUGUUCAGAUGUUGCCCAAGCAGAAACCCAUACUUGAUUGCAAAACGAGGUGGAAUUCUACUUAUGAGAUGUUGGUACUUGCAAUUCAGUACAGAGAUGUGUUUCCAAUGUUAGUUCAAUUGGAUAAUAACUUUACUUGUGCCCCAAUAGAUAAAGAUUGGGAAAAACUUGAGAAAGUGUGUGAGAUUUUGGAAGCUUUCAACUCGGUAACUAAUGUCAUAUCGGGGAGUGAGUACCCCACUUCUAACUUAUUUUUGCAAGAAAUUGUUGACAUAAAAGAGUUGCUAGAUGAAAAGUGUUCUGAUGAUGAUGAUUUCAUUUGGUUAAUGAUGGGAAAGAUGAAAGAAAAGUUUGACAAGUAUUGGGGCGAAUGCAAUUUUGUAAUGGCAAUUGCAACUGUAUUGGAUCCGAGGAUGAAAAUGAGGCUGUUGCAAUUUGCCUACCCAUAA